GUCCGUAGCCUAGGAAACGGGUGUAGCUACAGAAUAACAACACUGAUAAGUCAUUUUCCUUAUCGUGUUACAUAAAAAUAUUUUUUUGUGUAUUCAUCCAAGUAAAUUCUAAAUGUUAAGAAAAUCGUAAUCACCUUUAAAGUGGCGAAAUAUUUAAGGAACAAUGAAAAUUUUGACAGUUCAAAGUAUGGCUGGCAGAUUUUGAGUGCGCCGGCGACGAGGUGCUCGUGGAAUCGUCGCCGCCUCCAUCGCCAGGCAUGGCGGCGAGUCUAGCGGCGCCCACACAGGGCAACGGCGCCGGCAACACUUCGCCCUCGGCGGUACGCGAACUCAUCGUUAUACCGGAGAUACCGAAUUCUAUACAACUACAGCAUGCUAUGCAACAGGUGUCGAACACUUUGGUGGAGGUGAAAGGGGAUAGCUCGGGGCAGUCCAGUCCAUCUGUGGACGCCCAACACACGUACAUCACCGUUGCCAGGUCGUGGACUGGUCGGUAUCCAGAAGCAACGGUAAAAGCCGAGGAGCACAGUGAUGAAAGCGAGGGGGGCAAUGGAACCAACUACCACGUACAGUACGUCACGGAGCCACAAGAGAUAUACACACAAGGGAAUCAAACGCAUAUGGAGGAGCUACGUACGUACCCGGUGUACGGAGUCGCCACCGUCGCGAACCCGGCCCCGGCCGAGGGCACGUCGUUCGACAGCAACUGGGGCGGAGCCUCCUCGGCCGAAUACUCCGCUUAUGGCAUCGUUGUGGCCGGCGACGAGGCGGAGGCGCCGUCGUCCCCCGCGACCCCCGGCGCCCCCCGCAUGCCCCCCGCCACCGUGCAGUGGCUGCUGGACCACUACGAGACCGCGGACGGCGUGUCCCUGCCCCGCUCGAGCCUGUACGCGCACUACCUGCGGCACUGCACCUCGCACCGCCUGGAGCCGGUCAACGCGGCAUCGUUCGGCAAGCUCAUCCGCUCGGUGUUCGUGGGGCUGCGCACCAGGCGGCUCGGCACGCGCGGCAACUCCAAGUACCACUACUACGGCAUCCGCGCCAAGCCGCACGCCGCCGCCGACACCAGCGCCGACACCGCCGCCGCCGACAAGACCGACCUCUACGACGCACAGGAAGGUAGGGCGCGUUCAAGCGAGCGCGAGACCGCGUCUAGUCCGGUGGGAAUCAGCGGGGUGGCGCACCGGCAGUACCUGGGGACCGUGACCGCGCCCGACCCCCCCGAGCUGCUGCUGGACGAGCUGCCCGACGACGUGCCGCCCUCCGCCCUCCCCGCGCUGCGGAAACAUCACAGAGAGCACGGGAGCUCGUUCCUGGAGGCGGUGGCGGCGCUGGACACGAGCGGCGUGGAGCGCACGCGCCGCUCGUUCUGGCGGGGCGCGGCGGGGGGGGACGCGGGCGCGCUGUGUCGCCGCACGCUGCUGGCGCUGGCGGCGCGCCGGGACGUGGCGCGGUGGCUGCGCAGCGCCGACCUGCUGCUGUACCAGCGCGCCGUCGACCUGCUGCUGCCCGACGUGCUGCGCCCCAUCCCGCCGCAGCUCACGCAAGCCAUCCGCAACUUUGCCAAGACUCUCGAGUCGGCUCUGGCGGGCGCCUCCAACGGAGCUCCGCCGGCCGCCAGUCGGGCGCAGGCCGCCGCCGCCGCCGCGCUGGCCGCUGCCCUGCGGCGCUACACCUCACUCAACCACUUAGCGCAGGCCGCCAGAGCCGUGCUCACUAAUCAUCAUCAAAUCCACCAGAUGGUGUUGGACCUCAACCGUGUGGACUUCCGCGUGGUGCGCGAGCAGGCGGCGUGGGCCUGCGCCUGCGCGGCCGCCCCGCACGCGCUGCGCCUCGAGACGGAUUUCAAGGCCACGCUGUGCCGCGGCGCGUCGCUGGAGCAGUGGGCGGCGUGGCUGGAGGGCUGCGUGGGCGCGGCGCUGCUGCCGCACGAGGCGCGACCAGGCUACACGCGCCGCGCGCGCCGGCUGCUGCUGCACUGGUCCUUCUACUCCUCGCUCGUCAUCAGGGAGCUCACGCUCAGGUCGGCGGCGUCGUUCGGCUCGUUCCACCUGCUGCGGCUGCUGUACGACGAGUACGUGUCGUACCUGGUGGAGCGUCGCGUGGCCGCGCACCGCGCCGCGCCGCCCAUCGCCGUCAUGCAGCGCGCACUCGACGACGACGACGACGUGGCAGAGGACAACUCUCGCGGCGACGGCGACGACGACAACCCGGACUGGGAGUGGGACGACGAGGACGAGGAGGACGACGAGCCUCUCGACAACAAGAAGCACAAACUCAACGACUGAGCUCAAGUUUUCGAACCGAGCAAGUCCAGAUACGGUUGGGUGUUGUUUAAAGGGAGUCACGGAGGACUCGUCGCGAGUGACUAAUACGAACACAGGAUUUAGUCUCGUACGUUACUGUAAUUAUAUAAGUACCAAAGAAAUUGUUUUAAGAGUUCUUGUCACUUGGCUUGCACCGGCGCACCGACCACUGCAUUAGGUUAUUCACGUUCUGUGUGCUUAAUGCGAGUUUUUUAACGUUGUCGGUAGCGUAAACGUUAACUCAAUUUUGUAUGGAGUUGGAACGUUUGCCUGCGUUUGCCGCUAG